CCUCGGUUGGGGUUGCCCCUCGGCUUUUCCCGGGCUCACGUCACGAUCUUGGUUCGAGUGGCCCGGGGUGGGAGACCUGGAAGUUUUAGCCUAGCUGUUCUCGUGGCGGAGAAAUUAGCCCAAGAAACGUUAUAUUCAUUUUUCUGGAUAUGCCGCAAAAGGAUCCGUGCCAGAAACAAGCCUGUGCAAUACAGAAAUGUUUACAAGCCAACAACUACAUCGAAUCAAAGUGUCAGGCUGUUAUCGAAGAACUGCGUAAGUGUUGUGCUCGAUAUCCCAAGGGAAGAUCUCUCGUCUGUUCAGGAUUUGAAAAAGAAGAAAACCAGACACUGAAGUCUCCAGCAAAGUAAAGUUCUGCUGAAGAAUUAAUUAAAUGCUGCUCCAUGUUUCUACCAAGCACAUUUUAUUUAUCCUCCUUUCUUUAGGCCAGGUAGCAGCAAAUAGCAAAAGAAAAAUCAACUGUAAGAGCUAGUGGAAUAUGCCAUCUAUGCAGAACAGAUGAUUUUAUUAAGACAUGUGUAGAAUGUCAUAAAAUUGAGCUGCUAAAAUAAACCUGUUUAAGUGAAAAA